AUGUCGUUAACUAUCGAUGCAUUUUUGGACCCACAGGAAGGGCCAGAGGCUACCGAGUUUCUACAUACGCUUGCCUUUUCCGCGCAUGGCUCCAGUGACGAUAGCCGGUAUUCGGUGCUAGGGCAAAUCAGACAGUGGGGUGAAUUUGACUCAUCCAACCUUGCCUCGAACUCCCAGAUCCGUAGCAUUUUGGACCUUCACUUCACCCCCAAGUGGAAGCCUUGGCUUCCCGACCUUGCCCGCGUUAUACAUAACGAAAGGCAAUUGGAACACCUCUAUCACAUCACGCUCAUCACACGUGUGAACAUAGCUCUCCAAAGGGCACUUUCACCGGGUAACUGCGUUACUGUGGUAGUGUGCCCUGGCUCAUUCGAUAGCUAUGAUCCUCACAGCAUUGACGGGAAGGAGACAGUUAUCUUACCAGAUUGGAUCGCUAUAGAAGGCGACUAUUCGCCACACGAUGGCGCUUUUCCGCCAUUAGAGACCCUGGCACGCCAGCGCAAGAUCAUUGCCGUCGGAGAUACGAAACUGGUCCGCCUGCCGUCGAAUUUCAGCUCACAGAGCGAGAGGACCCGGUAUGCAGGGCUUGUUGACGGAACACAUUCGUGCCGCCGUAGUUACCUCGCCCAGGUGCAGCACUACGCUUGCAUGCUCUAUACACGUUUCGCAUUUGUUCUCACAAAUAAAGAACUUUUGCUUGCACAAUUUCUGCAAGAAAGAGAAGCAACACCGCGUCUCGAUCGCGAACGUGGGCUACGAUCCGGAACAGGAUUCCAGACGUUAGAGCAUGGCUUGUCAUCAGACUUUAGGACAUCUGAGCCUACCGGAAAAUUCCAAGAGCCUACAAGUGGUGGCAAGCCUCUACAUACUCCUCAUUCUAGACCAAAAAGAAGAAAUAUGAGUGGUGAAACCCCCUCUCGCCAAUCGCCUGCGGUGUCAGGUAAUUGGGCUGGGGACGAGGGCUUUGAGUUGGCUUCGUCUCUAUCUACCUCCCCCCCUGCAUCUUCCCAAAUGACAAGAGAGCAGGUGGUUGACGCGGCUUCAAAGCUUGUGCCGAGCCCAAGUCGACAUCCUCCUGAGCAAAGUUCGUCUUCAACGUACCAGUUUCCACUUACCUCGCCUGAAUCAGUAAUUUCUCCAUUGAUGAGCCGAAAUCGAUCAAGCAGCUUGACAUAUGCGCCGUCCGAACGUGAUAAUGAAAUUGGAGAAGUUCUAGUUCAAAGCAUCAGGGUUCCAAAUCUUUAUGACCCGGAUAGCGUAGUCAAAAACAAGCAAGCGGUGACACAUCCAGCCAAAGCCUUGUUUGCUUUGCUAAUGCUUGCCUAUCUGGUAGGGCCACAAGGGAGGAGUAUAGGCACAGAGGAAAUCGGAUUUGGGUCUUUACUGGACCAGGCGACACGAUAA